UUAUAUGAAUUUAUACUUUUAAUGUUUAAUCGGGUAGAAGCCACAAAUCGGCCAUCUUGGUUCUAGUUGUAGUUCUUGAGAGGUUUGAGGACUUUUGAAUGGGACAAUGAGAAGCAUCAGAAGGAAUAAAUAUCUGGAUUGAAUUUAAUAUAAAUGUUAAAUAAAUUACAGACAAUUUUAUGUCCAAAAGUCAUCAUGAGCGGGGAAGUCAACGUGAGGUCCGCCCUUCAUCCUCCCCCCCAAUCUGGAAUCCCACUCCCACGUACGCUCUUAACCGCCUCCCCAAAAAGGGACCGGCACCACAGGACCGGCGACCUCCCGAGGACCUCGACCCACUCCUCGAAACACAUACCCACUACGUCUCCAUCAUGUUGUCCUUGGAACACCAGCCUCCACAAACCCCCUUGUGGGGACUUGGUGGCAGAUGUUGGCCUGAAGCCUCCACUGCCCCACUACACGGAUGCUCGCCAGAUGUCGUCUUCGGCCUACAACAGUCCACUGACCCACCGACGAGUGUCACCGCCGCACUCUAAAGACCCACCGGAUCUGGGAAAACCCACUAAUAGAGAUUUUUCACUUGAUGGUAAUUGUAAUAGAAAUCCAUGCACUAAUACAAACCAGGCAUGGUCCACCAGCAACCUACGUUCUCCACUCCAGUUCAGAAGACCCGACUCUUCCCGUUCAGAGCCUCCAAAAACGGAACCGUUCAAGUCCAGUAAUGGUAACAUGUACCUACCUCUCGCUCAAAGUACUCCUCAACGGACCAUCCGAGGUCUAAAUGACUCCACCGUCCAAUCAGAUGAAGAAAUGGAGACACCCGAGGAACCUAGUCAAGCUUCCUCUACCAGUCUCCCGCUGCUGCCACCGGGCAUGCUGGCCAUGCCCGUCAUGUGCAUCAGACCCGAAGGCCUACAAAAGGAGUCUGAAUCCUCAGAAACACAAAGUCCAAGAGUCAACAUGGUGGCUCCAUUCAGCUUCAGGCUGCCCCUGCAGGACGGGGAUUUGUCGCUGGACGAACUGAGUGACUGCUCAUCCGGAUCCAUCGAAAUCUGCUGCGACGACCUGACACCAGGAGGGAUGCUGGAGGCUAACGUGGCUAACGUCGUCAUGACAGCAAAGUCAAGAGACCCGGACCUCAGGACUCCCGUUGUCUCCAACCAGAAUUCUCCAUCCCAGUCCAUGGCCUCGAGGAAACCCCCGGCAAAACCAUCUUCUCUACCCCAGGGACCCCCACGUCCCUCCAGGUCGGAGCUGAAAGUCUACCGACCGACGACCGGCUCCAUUCCCGUUCCCGUCCCGAAUCCAUCCAAGCUCCGCAAACAGCGUUCACUCGGUAAUUUAUGUGUUCUCACCGACGCCGAGAAGAAACUGCACCUGUCCCAGACUCCCAGGUGGAAUGACGACUGCGGUCAGUCCGGUACCGGCACCAACAAAACAGGGAAGACCAAAACAAUUCAGGAUCUGAGCGGGAAAUCUUCGUUAUCCAGAACACUUUCAAAGUCCGAACAGUCCCUUUUCCAGGGAAAACCCAAACCUUUUAACUCACAAUCUGUGACAUCGAAUUUGGGGAAACCGAGUCGAAUCCCAGCACCGGGAAAACCACGUGGCCCUUUUGCCGAGGUCAAGCCUAUCAGCAAGACCUCUGAGAUUGAUCCGAUUCCAGGACCAGGACUUACUGAACACACAGUUAAGAACAAUGCUACACUAAGUACCGGGGACAAUGAGAAGAAAGAAAGAUCUGCUUCGGUUUUGAACCAGGACAAGAAAGAACGGAACACGGUAGAGGAAGAAGAGGAUAAGAACUUUUUGAAGGUGGACCCGGAGUUAGUGGUGACAGUUCUGGGGGACCUGGAGCAGCUCUUGUUCAGCCAAAUACUCGACCCAGAAUCCCAGAGGAAGAAGACGGUGCAAAAUGUCUUGGACCUGCGACAAAACCUGGAGGAAACCAUGACCAGCCUGAGAGGGGUGCCACUGAGCCACAGCUGCAUGGAGGGGACCGUGUGCUAUGACAGUGACGAAGCUGCUGCGUUUUCCAUUUCCAGUCUAUCCAAUCGAUCCUCUCCCCUGUCAUGGCGUCACGGCCAAGCGAGCCCGCGUCUCCAGGCUGGCGACGCCCCGUCCGCGGUCGUCAACACCCCAACGGAUCUUCCGCCGCUGCGCAUCAGCCAUACCUCCCGCGUUCACCUCAUCGAAGCUCUGGACGACUCGGAUCCGUCGCUGCUGAAAGGAGAUUACCUCAGCAACAGCGACCUCGGUGGGACCAGCCCGAAUGAGGAUGAUGAAGAUGAUGUCGAUAUCGAUGAUCUGGCAAAUGGUUGGGACGAGAGCAGCUCCAUAAGCAGCGGUUUGAGUGACGGCUCCGACAACCUGAGCUCUGAGGAGUUCAUCACGAGCCCCACCCUCAACUCGCUUCCUUCCACUCCCGUCGGCUCCCGCAGAAAUUCAGCCGUUGUGAUGAGGACAGAUGCCGAGAAAAGAUCUCUGGUGGAAAGUGGACUGUCAUGGGACAGCGGGAACACCAAACCCAGCCGUAAGAGUCUGGGCGGCAGCACCUACGACACAGGGAGCCUCAAAUCGGAAUCAGCCAACAAAUGGAAAAAAUCCAAGCCGCCAGCGGACGUUGUUGACGGAGAGAAGGGUGAACUGAAGAAACCCCAGACACCGAGCUACGGGAACGCGGCGAGGAAAGGAAGGAACCCGCCAGUGGGCGUCACCUCGCCCAUCACGCACACGCCACAGAGCGGGAUCAGAGUGGCAGUGAAGACAGACGGAAAGCCGUCGGAUAAAUCUCGGCUAGCGGUGAAAAACUCCAGUCUUCAGCGCUCCUCUUCCGACGCCGGGAAAGAUCACCGUAAUGGGACCGGUUCUUCUGAACAACGUAAACCGCCGUCAGGUCUUGCCAGGCCCUCGACUGGAGGAAACUUUGGAUUCAAAAAGCCCACACCAAAUAAUAGCAGUUCACACACUGCGAGCGCAGGCGGCAACAUUCCCAAGACGUCCGGUAUUCCGGUCAAACCGGGGACAGCUGGACGUAAGACGAGUCUUGACGUCUCCAACAGCGACCCGAGCGGGUUUUUGUCUCCGAAUGCCAGGACAUCGCUGCAGUACCGGUCUUUGCCACGCCCUGCCAAGACAAGCACCUUAACGCUGACCCGGCCCAGCUCAGCACGCCUGGUAAGCACCACCAUGGACGGAGGCUCUGGGCUGGUCAAACCCUCGAACACGGGGCUUCAGACCCCGAGGCUCAAAGAACAGGCCGGACUCGGUUCAGGGUUGGGUAAGACGAUCGGUCAGGGGAUCCCAAGUCCUGUUAAUCAAACGGACAGGGAGAAAGAGAAGGAGCGAGCCAAAGCUAAAGCUGUUGGGUCCGACUGCGGAGUUGGGUCCCUGAAGGGAACUGCUUCGGAGAACGGUGGGAGGCUGCAUGGCCUGAGACCUCCCAGUGUGACGGGCACCGAUUUGCUCUCCAACUCACACAGAUUAUCUGGAACCCGCAGCCUGACAAAACCUCCGUCUGUUGCCCAACUUGAAAAGUUGAACUCCAACAGCCCGGAUGUCGGCUCUCAGGACUCCUUGCCUCCUAAGAUUCCUCCUUACUCCAAACUUCAAGAUCUAGCUAGCUCCACGAACCCCUGCCUUACGCCAAGCCCGGCCCCUUUGCUCAAUAUCAACACUUCAGGCUGCUUCUCGGGCUCAGGGAUCGGGUUGGGGCCCCGGCAAGUCACGUCUCUCGGCGUUGACACGGGGAGAACCUCACCCUUGCUCUACCCCCGCCUGUCUGGGCUCCAUCGCAGCAUGGAGUCCCUGUCCUUACAGAUGAGCGUAGCUCCAGAGCUGCAGGAGAGGGGCCGAGAGAUGUUGAUGCGAAGCGGGUAUGACGCCAGCGAGUCCAGGGACAAAGAUCGGCACGAGGAUCGAGGACCUCCUGCCAGCUGGAGGUCUGGAAGUAAAGUCUCCGACACGGACACAGACGGUUCCCAUAGAGACAGGAACACUCUACCAAAGAAAGGUUUAAGUUUCAGCAGUGCCUCUCAGAGUGAGGACGAAGGGAAGGAGAAAGGAGAGAGGAGACACUCUCAUAGUAUUCUCACCAUGACCGACACUCUGGCUCUUCCGAUGCUGUCCUCGCCUUCCUCCCUGCCUCGCUCCUCCAAGACCAGUACAGUUCCGAGCCCGGUUGGCGCACCUCCGAGGAUGAUUCGAUCCAACAGCAUCCCAACGCAGGAAGCCUCGCUGGAGCUUUAUGGGGGGUCUCCGCUGGGAAGCACGUUGUCGCUAACGGAGCAUCCACGCAGCUUGGGAAUGGUACGCUCCGGAUCCUUCAGGGAAAAGGAGCCAUAUGAUGAAGUGAAUGGGUCUAUUACUUCCUUGGCGUCCAACGCCUCGUCAAGCUACUCCUCGGUGAGUGCAAGCGCCAUUCAUUCCCAGUCAGAGGAAAGGAUUCAGGGCGAGCAAAUCCGUAAGCUAAGGAGAGAACUGGAGUCUUCCCAGGAGAAGGUGUCUAACCUGACAACACAGCUGACAGCAAACGCAAACCUGGUUGCCGCCUUCGAGCAAAGUUUAUCCGUGAUGACAACCCGCCUGCAGAGUCUGUCCUUAAGUCAUGAACAGAAGGACACUGAGCUGAUGGAGCUGCGGGACACCAUUGAAUCCCUAAAGGCCCGGAACGAAGAAGCCCAGGCCGUCAUACACGGAGCCUUAAACAACCAAGAUAACAUGAAAGACGUUCGCAUUCAACGUCAGAACUCGUGUGAAAGCAUCUCCAGCCUCAACAGUCUGACCAGUAUGUCCAGUGUGGGCAGCUUGAAGGAGCAGGAUGCUAAGAAAAAGAAGAAAAAGAACUGGCUGAGAAGUUCCUUCAACAAGGCCUUCAGCAUCAGGAAAGGCCCCAAAACCUACUCGGAUAUUGAGGAAAUUGCUACUCCGGACUCUUCCGCUCCAAACUCACCAAAGAUGCUUCAUCAGGAAGUGGAUCUUUGCGAGAACCUGCCCUCAGCUCUCAAUACCUCCAUUAAGAUCAUGGAGACAGCAGAAGAGGGAAACGGCGACGAAAGAGCGGUAUCAGACCUGCGCUCAGAGCUCUGGGAGAAGGAGCGAGAGCUUACAGACAUCCGCCUGGAGGCUUUAAACUCCGCUCAUCAGCUGGAGCAGCUCAGGGACGCCAUGAACAACAUGGAGUCAACGGUGGAGAGCCUGAAAGCGGAGAAUGAUCAUCUAAAAGUCGGAGGUCAGCUCCAUUUCACAGGCUCCGGCCCCUCCUCUUCGACCUCACAGCCAUCGGGAUUGGCCACCAUCCUGGGACCUUCUCUGAGACAGCCCAUGUCCCUCACCAAGUCCUUCAGCCUCAGUCUGAAUGAUUGUAAAGGAUCAGAUGUUUCUCCAGGCAACAUGUUAAGUGUAUCUUCUCAGCUGGAGGAGGUGUGUGCACAAGUGCUGGUGUCCAUCACAGAUCCAGCGGAGCAGAUGAAAGCCCAGCAGGACCACUACCUGGGCUCGGUUCUGGUUAGUGAGCGAAUGGAGUGGGCUUAUCUGGACUCCAUUAUCGCCAAGACAUUCAGAGAGUACCUGACUCAAGUGGACCCGACAGCCAGCUUGGGUCUGUCCUGCGAGUCGCUACACAUGUAUCAGCUGACGCAGGGCGUGCAGAGGGUGAUUGGAGGGGACAAACCUCAGAUGUCGCCUUAUCAGUGUCUCAGCGGAAGUGCGACCCGCAUCUUUGUCACCUUGAAAGGUCUCAGAGAACAAAGUGUGGACUCCCUGGUGUUCGAGACCCUUAUUCCCAAGCCCAUGAUGCUGCACUAUAUAAGUCUGCUACUAAAACACAGGCGUCUGAUUCUCUCUGGUCCCAGCGGGACCGGGAAGACUUAUUUGGCUCAGCGCUUGGCCCGCUACCUCCUGCAGCGCAGCCGCAACGAUUCUCCGGAAGUGGAUCAUGAGCCCGAACUUAUCGGUCGCGAUGCCGCUGUCAACUUUAAUAUGCAUCGUCAGUCUCAGAAGGAGCUGCAGUCCUAUCUUUCCAAUGUAGCCAAUCAGAUUGACAGACAAAGCGGAGGUGAGCUGCCGCUGGUGGUCAUCAUCGACGAUAUCGGUGACGCAGGCGCCAUCACCGAUCUCAUCAACGGAGCGCUCACCUGCAAGUACCACAAAUGUCCUUACAUCAUCGGAACCACCAACCAACCCGUGAAGAUGUCAUCCAACCACGGACUGCACCUCAGCUUCAGGAUGGUGAUAUUCUCCAAUAACGUGGAACCGGCUAACGGUUUCCUUCUGAGGUACCUGCACCGUAAAGUCGUGGAAGCCUACCAGAAGCGGGAGCAUGACGCGGAGCAGCAUCAAGCUCUCCUCUGCGUCCUGGACUGGGUGCCGCAGCUUUGGUACCACCUCCACACAUUCCUGGAGAAACACAGCACUUCCGAUUUCCUUAUAGGUCCUUGCUUCUUCUUGUCGUGUCCUGUGUCAGUGCCAGAGUUCAGGAAGUGGUUCAUCGAUCUGUGGAACCACUCGAUCAUACCGUAUCUGCAGGAGGGAGCCAAGGACGGAAUCAAGGUGCAUGGUCAGAAAUCAGCGUGGGAGGAUCCGGUGGAGUGGGUGAGAGGGACCCUACCUUGGCCCGGCGCACAGCAGGACCAAUCCAAACUCUUCCACCUACCUCCCCCGAGCAUAAGUCUACUCAACGAAGAGAAGAAUCCCGCCAAAGACGUUCCUCCGCCCAGCACACUGGAUUCCGAUCCACUGAUGAUCAUGCUUCUGAAGCUCCAGGAGUCAGCGAACAGCAUCGAGUCGCCGGAGCGAGACGAUCCAACUCUGCAAGCAACGCUAUGAGAAUAAAAAAAUAUAUACUUAAAAAUGAUCGGAUCAGGCGGCACGGUGGUCUAGUGGGUAGCGCGCAGACCUCACGGCUAGGAGACCAGGGUUCAAUUCCACCCUCCAUGCGUGGGUUUUCUCCGGGUACUCCGGUUUCCUCCCACAUUCCAAAAAAAACAUGCUAGGUUAAUUAGCGACUCCAAAUUGUCCAUAGGUAUGAAUGUGAGUGUGAAUGGUUGUUUGUCUAUAUGUGCCCUGUGAUUGGCUGGCGACCAGUCCAGGGUGUACCCCGCCUCUCGCCCGCCUCCGAAGACAGCUGGGAUAGGCUCCAGCACCCCCGCCACCCUCGUGAGGAAAAGCGGUAGAGAAUGAAUGAAUGAAUGAUUGGAUCAGGGGCGGCACGGUGGUCUAGUGGUUAGCGCGCAGACCUCACAGCUAGGAGACCAGGGUUCAAUUCCGCCCUCCAUGCGUGGGUUUUCUCCGGGUACUCCGGUUUCCUCCCACAUUCCAAAAAAACAUGCUAGGUUAAUUAGCGACUCCAAAUUGUCCAUAGGUAUGAAUGUGAGUGUGAAUGGUUGUUUGUCUAUAUGUGCCCUGUGAUUGGCUGGCGACCAGUCCAGGGUGUACGCCGCCUCUCGCCCGAAGACAGCUGGGAUAGGCUCCAGCACCCCCCGCGACCCUCGUGAGGAAAAGCGGUAGAGAAUGAAUGAAUGAAUGAAUGAUUGGAUCAGGGGCGGCACGGUGGUCUAGUGGUUAGCGCGCAGACCUCACAGCUAGGAGACCAGGGUUCAAUUCCGCCCUCCAUGCGUGGGUUUUCUCCGGGUACUCCGGUUUCCUCCCACAUUCCAAAAAAACAUGCUAGGUUAAUUAGCGACUCCAAAUUGUCCAUAGGUAUGAAUGUGAGUGUGAAUGGUUGUUUGUCUAUAUGUGCCCUGUGAUUGGCUGGCCACCAGUCCAGGGUGGACCCCGCCUCUCGCCUGAAAACAGCUGGGAUAGACUCCAGCACCCCCCGCGACCCUCGUGAGGAAAAAGCGGUAGAAAAUGAAUGAAUGAAUACUUAAAAAUGAUUGGAUCAGGGGCGGCACGGUGGUCUAGUGGUUAGCGCACAGACCAGGGUUCAAUUCCACCCUCUGGCAUCUCUGUGUGGAGUUUGCAUGUUCUCCCCGUGCAUGCGUGGGUUUUUUCCGGGUACUCCGGUUUCCUCCCACAUUCCAAAAAACAUGCUAGGUUAAUUAGCGACUCCAAAUUGUCCAUAGGUAUGAAUGUGAGUGUGAAUGGUUGUUUGUCUAUAUGUGCCCUGUGAUUGGCUGGCGACCAGUCCAGGGUGUACCCCGCCUCUCGCCCGCCUCCGAAGACAGCUGGGAUAGGCUCCAGCACCCCUCGUGAGGAAAAAGCGGUAGAAAAUGAAUGAAUGAAUGAAUCAUAGGAAGAUGGAACAUUUUUAUUCUAAACAUGAUUAUUUUCCCGUCCGCAACCACGGGUGCUAACUUCCUUCGUUAUUUAUAAAGGACAAUUACCCAACAGCAGCCAAAAUUGCACUUUAUUUACUCUUUGGAAUAACUGGACUUGGGAAUCUUGCAGGGGAAUCUUGCGGUUCAAUUCAGUUCAUUGAGAAUUUGGGGGAAACGGGGAACGCCACGGUGUCUCCGAUGCUGGAUUGCACAACAGAUGGAUAAGGAAAUACUGGAUUAUUUAACUUGUUAAAAGAGACGCUUCCUGUUGCCGUUUUUGAGGACUUUUUUUUUUUUUUGUGAUCGAUGAAGAUUCGUAUUGAUUUUGUAGGAUUUUUUGUACCGACUCAUCCGGAUUCCGUACGCCGAACACAAAAACCCGACUAGUGCUUCCGUCGUUGCCGUUGUUUCCGUCUUUUCUUACUCGAUUUUCUCUUUAUGCCUUCCAACGACUUCAUUUCGCUUCCAGAUUAGCAACUGGAAUCGAUCCCUUUUUUUUUUUUUUUUUUUUUUUAGGAUGAACUCGCAUCUCGACUGUUCUUUGACAAGAAGGAAGAACGUUAAACUUUCAGGUGCUAAAUAUAAAGUACAAUGCCUACAUCGAUCUGUGCCUGAGCCCCCCCCUCCCCCCCCCCCCCCCACACCCACACCCCCCCCGACUGGCUUGCAGCUACCUGAAUUCACCUUUCCCAGUAUCACUUCCUUUCACCUGGUGUGAUGUCACGGUAACGGGAUGAGACAGAUUUGAAGCGGGGAUUGGACCUUUGGUUGUUUUCAGGUGGAAGGUGUGUGUGUGUGUGUGUGUGUGUGUGUGUGUAAGUGGGCUGCUAAGGUGUGUGUGUGUGGACCUAGUUCACAUGAUGCUAACAUCGCAGAUGUUUUGAGAUGAAAUAAUGAUGCACAUUUGCUUUAUUUUUCCCAAAGCUUUUACUUUCAUCGGACCUAUCUUUUUUUUUUUUUACCAAAAUCUUUUUUUUUUCACCUUGUUUUUUUCUUAUACAAAUAUUUGUAAAGAUUUGUCUUUUGUACAUGACAUCACUGUUGUACAGACUGUACAUAGCCAUCUUGCGUCUGCGACAACAAUCACUGAAAAAGGUGGAAAUGUAAAGGAAAAAUAGGACUUGAUUGUUUAUGAUGAAUUUCCUCCAGCAGGAAGAAGGAGAACUUGAUUUCUAAGCAGAUCAAGUCAUGUUUGUAUGGCGUAGGUUUAAGCGUAUCACAUGUCCAACUUGAGCUAUGAACACAAUAAAGUCAUUGCCAUUCUU